AUGGCCUCUCCGAACAUCAAGGACCUUCUGACUGCGUUCAGCCCUCGCUCUGAGUUCUUCGCCAUCUCCUCCGGUGACGGGCGAAUCAAGGUGACAAAAUUUUUGGCGGGGUUCUUAUUAGACACCAUGUUUAGGCGAUAACUGCUGCUUUUCUUUCUAUUGCUCGUUUUUGGUUUUCAAAGCCGAACCGGCAGCAGUUUCUUUGUUGUUCAUCUGAAGCAUCCUUGACGAGUUAUGAUUCGUCUUCGCUUAUAUGGCAUCUGCAUUAUGUGCGUGCUUGCUCUGUUGUAGAUUUGGGACACAUUGAAAGGUCAUCUUCAGACUGAAUUUUCAAAUAUAUUAUCAACUGACACAACAGCAGGCCUCCAACCGAAGUUGAAUGAGCGUGGGCAUCUGUCCCUUGACUACAAAUGCAUGCAGUGGGUGCAGUUGGCGAACAAGGUAACUCUUUCUUUUCUGCUUUGAUUUUGGGUUACUUUUGUUGGUUCUAUGCGUAACAUUAUUAUGGUUUAUGCUUUGCAGAAGAAGAGGAAAUCUGGAAAUUUGCUGUUGGUAUUAGGAACGGGUACUGGGGAUGCCUUAGCACUUGAUAUCUCUUCUGGCACGCUGAAGUGGAAAGUCACCAACUGUCAUCCAGGGUACUGUUAUUCAGAGCUGCUAAAUUUCUAGGAAAAUAUUUUUAUUUACCGCUUCCUAGGAUAUAUAUAUAUAUAUUUUGAACAUGUUGUCAUCUUAGACUCAAUAUUUUGCCUUUGGAAAAGACUCUUAGGAGUUCAAGUGUAUCCAACGUUUAUAUCCUGAUUAUUUUUUAAUGAACUUCGUCUCAUUUGCCAUUUGAUGAAAAAAGAUUUGCUCGUGUUCUCAGUGCGACCGUGAAAUAUGCCAUUUCCUUUCUGUAUGAGUACACUAUUGGAUUUUCAUUUUUCUGCCGUGAAAAUGUCGUAGUAAAACUCCUCGAACUGUAAAUUAUUAAUGCUUAAUUAUACUCAUAAAUAAAUCCAAAUAAAAGGUACAUUUAUAACUGCUGUGCAAUCUUAAGUUUAUAAACCCGAAAAAAUAAUUGCGCCGAAAAGGUAUGGAAAUGUUUUUGGGGCUUGAAAGGAGAACAUGAGCUGCAGUUGCAGAAUUGGAUCUUUAGUUUUGCCCUUUUAGCUAGGAAAGCAUGAAUUUAACUGGAAGUUCAGAUUCGUUUAGGUUUCUUUCACACUUUUGGCUAUAUCUGGCAGAUUCAGAGUAUUAAAUUUCAGUAAGAUUUGAUUUGAAGAGAGAAGGUUGUAGUCCAAAGAAAAUGAAAAUGUGAAUCCCGAUAUUGCAUAUCAUUUUUGCAUAAUAUUUUUGCUAGGAAAUUUGCAUAAUAUUUUUGCAUAUCAUUUUGCACAUGUUCUGCUGUUUUUCAUAGAAUCUUCUUUUCGUGAUUUGAAAAUAAGUGAAUCAUCUUGAUUCUGUUUUUUUUCAAAAAGAUAAUCUUGUAUAACUGAUGUAGUCUUAUUUGAUCUUGUAUAAUUACUUUGCAUAGUCUUGUUUGACGCAAUGUCGUCAACUGAUUCGGGCAUUCUAUUUUUUGAAAACGAUAAUUGUGGAAUCAGGUCGAUACCUGGUCACUAUUCUUUUCUUAACUUUUGUGAUCAUAAUCCUGUUUGAUACUUUCAUGGAUAUGAUAAUGCUUAUGGAUGAUUGAUCGAGUGAUUCUAUGUAUAACUUUCUUUGGUUUUCCCUACUAAUCGUAAAAUCCAUGUAAAUUCGCAGGGGUGUAAGUUCGGUCUCUUUCUCAAAACAUGGUUAUGUCUACACGGGGGGGGUUGAUGGUAUAGUAUGCCAAAUCGAUUCUUCAUCAGGAAAUAUUCUUGGAAAAUUUAAGGCUUCCACCAAGGCUGUGUCUUCCUUAUCUGUCUCUGCAGGUACUUCUUAAUCAGUAUGUUAAAUUGUGCUAUAUUUUAUUUACUAAGGUUCUUGGUUUAUGGAAUACUGCUAAACAGGCCUAUUGGGUGCUGGUGCUAUAAAAUUUAUGAAAAUUCUGAAACUAUUAUAAGGCAUUAAUUCAUUUCAUUAAUGGCAUGUGUUGGGAGCAUGCUUGUGUUUUAAAAAGUCUUAUUAUCAUUUUUAUCCUACUUGAACUUGGUUGAAGACAAUCAGAAGACAGUGGUUUGCACUUAUUGAAGCAGCGCAUAUUCGCUUUUCAUUUUUCUAGCUGCCUUUGUGAACAAAUUGUAGUUUUUGCUAGCCAUGUUGGUCUGGAUUUGGAGUGUGUGGGUCUUCAGCAACAGAGCCCUUCACCGCAUACUGCCCUCCUCCCACCGCUGAUCAGGGAGGCUAUGCAACUUUUGGUGUUGGAGGGGGGGAUGUGUUCUAGAUGUCCCUUCCUUUUAAAUCUUCUUACAUUUAUUUCCUGUUAUAUUAAUAUAUUUACCUUGGAUUAUUGUAAUUGCAUCCUUUUUUUAACUUUUCAAACCCACAUGGAAUGCUCAACCCGAUGUAUCCAUCCGUGGUUAUGAUGGUUACUGGCUAACAUACUUCAUAGUAGGAAACGCUUUUGUACCUUAGAUCCUUUAGAAAUUGAUUCAUCUGUAAGAGACACAAAAAGGAACAUUCCCAAAACAUGUGAGAAAACUCGCAUGUCUUCUGUCAAGAAAAAUAAGAAGUAAGAUCUAGAGAGAAAUAAGGCAAUUGAGCAAAAAAUGUACAGUUUCCUUUCCUAAAUUACUGUAAGUUUAUCCAGAUUGCAUGUUCCAUAUAUUUUGUCCGCAUUUCCGUUUUUAUGUCUGAAAUGAAUCGAAUUCGUUCUCUAAACAUUUUUGUACGAAAUUAUUUACCCCGGCAUGUGUUUCCUUGCAAUUAAUCUCUUGUGCCUUUUUUGAGACCUUGUUAUCACAGCUGCUUUAAUAUAUCCUGAAAGCUGAGAAAAGUGUUUCGUUGGAAACAUUCUUGCGAAUGAAAUACACUCAGUUUAAAAAAUGUCAGCUGAGGGGUCUAUAUCAGGUGAAUUAUGGCUGAGAAGUGCUUCCAUUCAUUUCCAGUUUGAAUGUUUGACUGAAUCUAGAAAAGUGUUAUGGCAAUCAAAGGGGCCAAUAAAUCUUAAAAAUUUCGGUCAUGUUUACAUAUAAGGAUGUAAAUUCAAAAAUAAUCCCUAGACAAAGUAAGAUCUUCAUUUGGAAUUAUAUUAUGCAGUUCUUCCUGCUGUUUAAAUAGAAAGAAAAUUUUAGUUAUCAGGAGCAUGUUGAAAAUGUUUACAUGUUUUCAUUUUUUUAGUUAUCGAUUUAUUCUUUUGCUUCACAAACUGUUAACUUGCAUUGCUUUCUGAUAUCAUUCCUUAUUGUUACGGAUUUGCUCUCUGAUAUCAUUUUUUAUUGUUAAAAUUUAAUAUCAGCUAACUCUUUAUUUAAAACGCCCAAUUUUCCUUAUUAGAUGGGAGGUUAUUGGCCACUGCAGCUUCUCAACUGAAGGUUUUCAAUUGUUCAGAUAAUAAGAAGAUCCAGAAAUUUUCUGGGCAUCCUGUGAGUGUUUGUAAUUUUAGUUUUACCAUCUUAUCUAGUCCGGUUUUUUACUCAUUUAUAUGAAUACAGUGAUGCCUUUCUUAAAAAAGGAAAAAAAUCUAACGAAAUGAGAGAAGAGCUGAUCAUCGUGUGUCUGAUUUGAGACUCUAAUCGUGCUUGGCUCUAUUUUAUUCAACGCUAACAGACAGUAUUGGUGCAUAGGUGGGCGUUCGUUGUAUGAUUUUCAGUGAAGACGGAAAGUACAUUUUAUCAUCUGGAGUCGGUGAAAGAUUUGUGGCAUUAUGGAAAAUAGAUGGUAGAAAAAAACAGUCCGCAGCUUGUGUGCUUUCAAUGGAGCACCCAUCUGUGUUCUUGACCAGCAAAGUCAUAGAGGCUGACAAUAAAGACGAGGCUGGCUUUUGUGUCCUAACACUUUCAGAAAUCGGUCUUUGUUAUUUUUGGCAUGGAAAGACCCCUGAGGACCUGAAAAAUAGUAGACCUGCAAAGAUCUCCCUAUCAAUUGAACGUUCCAUCCCAAAGAAUCACCAUGAUAUAUGUUCUGCUAUAUAUUCUGCGAAGUUACAGGGGAUUGCUUCACCCGCCUCUGUAAUAGUUCUCUUUGCAUACGGUUCUGUGGUGAAGCCGUUAUUUGAGAAACUCUCAUUGGAAGCUGGCACAGAUAUAAACUUGACUACCCGUCUAGACGGUGUUCUUCUGCCCAUAGGCCAUUCCUACAGCUCUCAAAAGGUGCAGAUGAUGAAAAUUGAUGGUAAGUUGGAUGCCACGCAUUGGUUCUUCGGUGAGUCUAUUCUUUUUUUAUAGGUUUAACCACGUUUAUGGGCUUGUGCUACUCAAAUAUGAGAAGUGUAACCUAUAAUAUAAGAAUAAUGGACACAUACGAUUCGUUCGGUUUUUUGUAGCUUGAUCACUUGCUUUGUAUCACUUUAAACAUUUAUAACUAAUUAUAAUUGCAGUGCAUAUUUUCUCAGAAAAAAAAUGAUAACUAUUCAAGAAAUGAUACAAUGAAUAGUCUGUAAUCUUUUUGAAGUGCCAUCCCAUUAUCAUUAGAAAAGCACCAAGAGAUGUUAAUAUAAUAUCUGCGAAUCAGAAUUUUCUGCAUACGGAGGUUUUCAUUGAAUCAGUGAGUUCCACUGCAGUUUGAUAUUGUACUGUUAUCAUAUUUUGCUGGACGGGCUUAACUACUUGCUUGUUGUUGAGCAGCAACAUCUCUGGAUCGUGCCAAUGCUGAAGAUGCCACAAUGCCGAUUGCAAAGCUCUAUGAUUCUCACAAUAAGAAGAGAAAGAACCUUAAAACUGAUCCUCCUGAGUUUUCAGAGCACGCAAUGGAUCACCUUGCUGUUGAUAUUAAGGAUGAAGCUCGACAUAAAGGUAGAAGGACAAUCUAUAUUCCUUUACACAACAAAUGUUGUUUUGUUUUACCUUGUGAUGGAAAUCAAUCUUUAAUCUUUUCCAAAAAAAUUAAAUUUAGACAGUCUUUUAAGCCAAGGAUGUUGUUCUCAAAUAAAUGGCAUACCUUGAAAUCAAGGCUACCAAGUUCCCAGUAUUUUUGAAACAGCACUUAAUUCCAUGUAAAUCAAAAAUUAUAGAAAAUUUCGUAUAAUGUGAGAGGUCAAUUCCAUACGGUACUUUCUAUUUCGUAUUUGGCAUAGUAUGAUAGAUAUUUAAUGCAUGCCUUUGAGCUAUGGUUGAUUCGAUCCUAACUAGGUUUAAAAUCUAUAAAAGCCCUUUAACUUCACCAUGAUACCUGGAAAACAAGCUCUAUUUGAUACAAGAUUAAUCCGGUUGAAAGCUUUUUUGUUGCGGGAAUUCAUGCGUGCAGUCUAAGAGGGUCUUUUCUUCAUCUGUCUACCUAGUCUUAUAUGUAGAGCUAUAUUACGGCCAGUAUUGUAGAAUGAUAGUAACUAAGGAAACUAAGAUUGGUACUAGUGUGGAGUGUAGCUUCCAUUGAGCUUAUUAUCAACUGCAGCAUUCGAUUCAAGAUUGGUUUCUUCAUGAAAGGUCUGCCGAUUUCUACCAAUGUGAAGUUAUUGACAAGUCGAGCUUGAUUUGAUUUUCGAAUCUGAUCUCUUUCCCAAGAUUUAUGCACCAAUCUACAGAAGGAUUGUCUUCUGAGUAGUCAAAAGAAAAUUUGCAUGCUUGUGGAGUGACCACUUUCCGGUUGGCUGAUUGAGUGCUGAAUUGAUACUUGAUCGACAGCUGGGAGCUGUAACAACUUUUAGUGCUUUUAUGUGGGCUGGGAAAACUCCGAUUCUGAAAUGAAUGAGAGAAAGUAUGAUUUACAGUAUGGAUCUUGAUGGAAUGAGGCGGUUUCCUCUUUCCUCGUACGUUCAAAGGCAUAUAUGUUUAAAGUCAUAAGAUAGAAGGUGAUAGUCUCACUAACUUGAUUCGAAGAUACCUGCCAUUUUAAAAUUCAUAACUAAAUAGGUGCCAUAUCUCUGAAAACUGAUCAAAAUAUUUGGGAAUUAUUUUUGUUUUGAAGUUAAUUUUCCUGUUUAAGUCUAGCUGCUACUCCAUUGCUCAUUCCCGUUGCAUUAUUAGCCGGUGACUGGAUGUUCCAUUCCGCUAAUUCUGCAAGACUUCAAAAUUAUUUGCAUUGAAGUCAGUAUAGUUAUUGUUUACUCGUCAUGUGUCUAAUUUACUGCCAUCUGGUGUUUGCAGUUUCCACAGAAAGUUUAGAAGAUGAUAGUGUUACUUUAUGCCUCGAAGAUAGGCUCAAAUCAGCAGGGAUUCUUUGCGAUGGAGAUGUUCUAAGUUCCUAUAAGCCAAAAAUUAUGUCUAGUUUAACACCGGCUGCCAGUAAUGAACCUCACAUUCUAGUUGGGAUGGAUCUACCAGCAAAGAAGGUAUGUUUCUUCCUUGAACAGUGAAAUUACUGCCCUUAUACGUGAGGAAUCAAGUUCGCCAGUAACGUAGUAAACCCAGCCAUAAUGUUGACUUAAUUUUCUUUUCUUUUUAGGUUAAGUCGAUCAUCUUGUCCAUGAGUCCUACGGACGCAUUGAACUUCUUGGAUGCGUUGAUGAUUAUGUGGAAAACAAGGUUUGUAAACUUCGUUGCUACGUUAUACCCAACCAUUUCUUUUUUUUCUUAUCGCCUGGAAGGGACAAAAGAAGCAUCUUGUUUUUUCUUAAAACUUCUCUGAUCUCUUGUGGACCCCUCAGUAGGAUUCGAACCCAGGUGAAGUCCUGACCAUUUUGUCAGAGAAAAAUGAACGAACUGAUUUUGCAGGAUUUCCAAGAAAUUCUUCAAUUUCUCCCUGAAACAGAUGAUUAUUCAUCGGCUUCUCACGUUCCGUGAAAGCAAAACACGCUAAUCACAGGACAUAUGUGCUGCAAACUAGGUUCCUUCCUAGCUCUCUAGGUGAAAUUUCAUGAGUGAAACAUUAUUAUUUGACUUUUUUACCAUUUGGGAUUUUCCUUGGAGACAGUUUGGGAAUCUGCCCUAGACACUUUUUUCCCUUGCUGAACUACUUAGAUUUUGUAAAAGUUUCCGUUGCUGAAACUAUUCAUAACGUUUCCUCUUUACUGUGCGAUCUAUUAUUUCACAAGCUGCGUUGGAGGAAAGCUAGCGCACUCAUGAAAAGUCCUUUCAUUUCUAGUGUUAUCAUCCAAAACGGAGAUUCUUUUCUGUCUUCCUGAGAUUCGGAUGUCUUCUAUCAUAUGUACUUUCCAAGUUUUAUCAGUGGCAGCAAAUACUUAAUCCGUGAUAGUUUGGAAAUAUCAACGGAUUUUGGGGUAUUGCAAGUCCCAGCAAUCAAGCAGCAUUGAAAGCCACAAGCUGGGCGCCUUGGCCUCCUCGGUCCAAUAUUAUAUUAUUAAUGUCAUUGAUGGUUGCCUUUUUUUUUAGUUGUGCCCUGCCUUCAUAUGAUGAAAUGGUGUGGGUGAAGGGGCAUUCACACUUGUUUACAGAGGAAAUUCAAUGAUGACGCCAGAUGGACCACAUUGUUUACUCAAAGACUUGUCUUCAAAGAAAAAUAGCUCCGAACCUGUUUGACCACAUUUUCUGUUUAUUUAAGUCUUUUUCUUAUGAAUUUUGGCCAAAGUGAACUCGUUAAUAUUUGAAAAGAGUGAAUCUAAUUUAGACGAAUUUUCUCUAGUGCAUGUUUUUCAAAUGCUGUGCUGCAAAGCAAGCAUAAAUUGAAUAAAACUCUGUCCUAUUUUCUUGCCUGUUACAUGAAAAAGGAUUUACAUCCAUCUCUGAUACCGGUCAUGUUUCAGCAGCUCACUUAGUAGACUUGGUCUCGUUGAAGCUCGUCGGUUUGGCUUUUGUGUGAAAUAGAAUCACUAUGUUUGGGCUUGAACAAUGUCUCUCAUAGAUGGUCUUGCUUGGCAUGUUCCUUAUUCACAUCAUUGGGCCGUGGAUUUGAAUUCACCUCUGUGGUGUUAAUUAGUGAUUUGCUGGGUGAGAUGGCGAAACGGUCCUGCUUUGUGUUUCUAUGUGGGCUUUUACUUAGUUUCACUUUGGAUGAGAACCUUCAGGAUUGUUGGCUGCGAAUGUUUCCAACUUGGGAUGGAUGGAAUCUUAUCUGCUUUAUUGUCUUUGAAGACUAAAUAAGCUAGUAACGUUACUAUAUAUCCACAUGCAAGAGAUUAUGCUUCCACAUCAACUUAUGUUCUUAUUUCUUUAACCUCACUAUAUUGUUGACUUUUGUUCACAACAGUUGGAUUGAAAAUGCAAAAUUGUUUUACCUUUUUUCCCGAAUUACCCGCGCAAAAUCCAUUGCUGUUGUUAAGAUUCUUUCCCCUUUUUACAGGUCGGUCAGUGAAAAUCUUGUCCUUCCCUGGAUUUCGUGUAUUUUAGUCAACCAUGGUCACUUUAUUGUAUCACGUGUAUCAUCUGUUCACAUGCUUUCUACUUUGCACAAGGUACGUCUUUAUCUUUGAUCCAAGUGUACAAGCUGUUUUAUGUUGUUCCUCUUUCAGCCAUUAGACUAAUCGAUGCAGAAAAUAAUGCACAUUUCUAUGGAAUUGGCUUCUCUUUUCUUGUGAUUGCAUCCCAGUUCUUGGUAUCUAUUCUUUCAAUAUAAUAUAUUUUUUCCCAUCAUUUAAUGGGGGAAAAUCCCAAGAAAUGGGCAUUAGAUUGUGCUGCUUUUCUUGAGAACCCAACUUGGGAAAAAUAGAAUAAAUAAUUGCGUUGCGACUUUAUGCAUAGCAUUGUUUAUUCUGUCCCAAACCUGUUCGGAAAUCCAGAUUGAUUGAUUGAUCUGGGGGAAAACCCAGUCUGAAAAAGGACUCAAAUAAAAUGAAUUUGGAUUCGCCUGUGGAAUUCAGCAGACUUCCGGUCUUCCAUCCCCGUGCAUCUUGAGUUCUAAAAAUAGUAUUUUUCGGAAAGUAUCAUCCUGCUAAUCCCAGGAAAAUACUUGUUUUGAAAGAAGAUCAAAAAUAGAAAAAAAUACAGCAUAAAUAAGUCCGGCCUGCAAUUCCUCUGCCACUGCUUCCAAUAUCAUCUCGAUUUGUGUAGAAAUCCAUGGAGGGGGGGGGGGCGGGGGGGAGGGGGGGUGUUUCGAUAACGAACACUCCUGGGAAAUAAAAUGGUUGGCUUAUAAGGCUAGCCAUCAACUAUGGUGUUAGAUCCUUCAAGAAAUGAUAUCCCUUGCUCUUGUGGCAGAUGUCCGCGUCCAAAUCUGCAGCUGUUCGAAGCCUGCUGCAGCUGUCCGGCCGUCUUCAGCUCUUCACAACGCAGGUCAAACCACUCCUGCCCUACCCUCUUUAUCUAAUUCUGUCUACUCUUUUUUACUUCUCUCUGCGUUAUUCUUUGCUCACUCUCUUGUUCUCCUCAAUCUUCAAGGCCGGUGGCAACACGAACCAGGAACCAGUUCUAGACACAGCUGACGAGAGUGAGGUUGAAGACGAUGGGGUCGACGAUGUCAUCUAUGGGGAGGAAGACAGUACAAGAGAGAGUGGCACAGAUGAUGAUGAUGAUGAUGAUGAUGAUGACGAAAUGGAGAAUUAG